ACGCGCGUCCUCCGGGCCCGCACCGCCCUCUCCCGCCGGACACUAGAGCCCCGAGUGCGGGGCGCCUGCUCGCGUGCCUGCGGCCCGGGCCCCGGGGUCCAGGCCGGGGAGGCGGCCGCGGGUGGGGCCGUGUUUCUGACGGACGGCGUGACAGCGCGGGGAGAGGCCCCCGGGCGGGGGGGGGACCCGCAGGGUGGUGUGAGCUUUCUGGAUGUUGCUGUGCACUUCUCCUGGGAAGAGUGGAGGCUCCUUGAUGAGGCUCAGAGACGCCUGUACCUUGAUGUGAUGCUGGAGAACUAUGCACUUGUAUCCUCACUGGGUUGCUGCUGUGGAGCAGGGGAUGCAGAGGCACCUUUUGAACAGAUGGCUCCUCUGGGAGGGUCACAGGCCAGGACUCCCAAGGCAGCUUUGUCUUCCCAGAAGACCCAUCCCUGUGAGAUGUGUGGUCCAGUCUUGAGAGACAUUUUCCACUUGGCUGAGCACCAGGAAACACGACACAGCCAGAAACUGUUGAGGUGUGGGGUGUGUGCGAAACACUUUGAUUUUAGUGCUGACUUGCAGCAGUACCAGGAGCAACACAUGGGAGAGAAGACCUUCAGAAGCAGCAUAGACAAGGCCUUGUUUGUGAAGAGCUGCAGAUUCCGUGUGUCACAGAAGCCAUUUACUUGGGGGACGUUUGAAAAGGACUUUCCUGCCAUCGUGGGACAUCUACAGCAACAGACCCCUCAAAGUGUGGAGAAGCCAAACCCAAUCUCCCAGUGCGGGUCAACUUUACAAAGCCAGAAAAGUCAUCAUGCCUGGGGAGAGUGCAAGAAAACCCUCAGCCCCAAAGACACACUUGUUCAGGACCAGGGUGUCCACACUGGAAGACGGUGUUUUGUGUGCAGUGAAUGUGGGAAAGCAUUCAGGUACAAAUCCUCGUUUGUUGUGCACCAGAGAGUCCACCCUGCAAAAAGCCUUCAUGUGUGUGGUGAAUGUGGAAAAUCCUUUAAGCAAAGCUCAACCCUCAGUCAACAUCAAAGUAUUCAUCCUGGGGCAAGGCAGUACAAGUGCAGCAAAUGUGGGAAAUCCUUAAAUCACAAAUCUGUGUUCAUUCAUCCCCACACAUGGCGCAGUGGAGAAAACAGUUAUGUGUGUAGUGAAUGUUCGAAAUCUUUUUCCUCUGGCUCAGCCCUCAGUUAUCAUCAAAGAUCUCACACAGGAGAAAGGCCUUAUGAGUGCAGUGAUUGUGGGAAAUCUUUUAUCUCUAGGCCUGCCCUCAGAUAUCAUCAGAGAUCUCACACAGGAGAAAGGCCUUAUGAGUGCAGUGACUGUGGGAAAUCCUUUACCACUAGCUCUAACCUCCAUUAUCAUCAAAGAGUUCACACAGGAGAAAGGCCUUAUAAAUGCAGUGAAUGUGGGAAAUCUUUUAACAAUAGGUGGGUUCUCAUUCAACACCAGAGAGUUCACACAGGAGAAAGGCCUUAUGAGUGUACUGAGUGUGGGAAAUUGUUUAAAUAUGGAUCCCAGUUGAAUCAACACCAGAAAGCUCACACUGGAGAGAAGCCAUUUAAGUGCACUGAAUGUGGGAAAUGUUUUAACAAUAGGUGGACACUCAUCCAGCACUGGAGAGUUCACACAGGAGAAAGGCCUUUUGAGUGCAGUGAAUGUGGAAAAUCCUUUAAUCGAAGAAAUAACCUCGUUUUACACCAGAGAAUUCACACAGGAGAACGGCCUUAUGAGUGCAGUGAAUGUGGGAAGUCUUUUACCUUUAGUUCCAGCCUCCGUUAUCACCAGAGAUCUCACACUGGAGAAAGGCCUUAUGAGUGCAGUGAAUGUGGGAAGUCUUUUAUCUCAAGGUCUGACCUCCAUUAUCAUCAGAGAGUUCAUUCUGGAGAAAGGCCCUAUGAAUGUAAUGACUGUGGGAAAUCCUUUAUCCAAAGAAAUAACCUCAUAAUACACCAGAGAAUUCACACAGGAGAAAGACCGUAUGAGUGCACCGAAUGUGGGAAAUCUUUUACCUGUGGUUCUACCCUCCAUUAUCAUCAGAGAGUUCACACUGGAGAAAGGCCUUAUGUGUGCAGCGAAUGUGGGAAAUCUUUUAUUACCACCUCCAAACUGCGUUGUCAUCAGAGAAGCCACACUGGAGAAAGGCCUUAAGAGUGCACUGAAUGAGGGAAAUUUUACGAGGAAAUCUAA